AGGUGGGCGUCCGGAUCCUAAUCCUGCCCUUCUGGCGUGGUGUGGCUCUUGGCCUCCGUUUUCUCGGCCUGAGAAGUGGGGACGCCCGGAUUCCUCGCACUGAAGCAGGCGCUCAGGGGGCAUUUUCCAGGCCCGGGAAGGGGGCGGGGCCGCAGCCCAGAGGAGCCGCUUCACCCACCGGUUUCUCGGACCCCGCCCGCCCCACCCCCACGAUGACCGCCCACAUCCUCCUGCUGUUGCUCCUCGCCUCCUCCACCCUGGGGGACCCGGACUCCGUGGGCAGGCGGCCCCGGCACCAGGUCUCCCAGCAGCGCGGGCACCUCUGUUCACUGGGCACGUGCCAGGCGCACCGCCUGCCAGAGAUCAUAUACUGGCUCCGCUCUGCCUCCACCAAGGAGCUCUCAGGGAAGGCGGGCCGCAAGCCUCAGGAUCCCCACAGCUAUGGGCGCCGCCGGCGGCGCGCGGCCAGACUCCCGCUGCGUCUCCAGGACCCCAGCCUGCGGCAAGGAGGCCAGCGCAGUGCCCAGCUCUCUGGGUGAUGUUGGGCACAUCUCUGCUCGUACCCUGGCUUCAGUCUACCCAUCUGUGUAUCGGGGCCGUGACCCCAAGUUUCUUUUCCCCUAAGUCCACCUCCUGG